AUGUACAGCGGAAGUAGAAAACACCAGCACGAGCACAAGCAACGAACGGAGGAGGAUGAGGAGGAGGAGGAGGAGGAGGAGGAGGAGGAGGAGGAGGAGGAGGAGGAGGAGGAGGAGGAGGUGGUGGAGAAGGAGGAGGAGGAGGAGGAGGAGGAGGAGCAGGAGGAGCAGGAGGAGGAGGAGGAGGAGGAGGAGGAGGAGGAGGAGGAGGAGGAGGAGGAGGAGGAGGAGGAGGAGGAGGAGGAGGAGAACGAGGAGGAGAAUUUCAAGGAGGAGCAGGACGAGGAGGAGAAGGAAGGGGACGAGGAGGAGCAAGACGAGGAGGAAGAGGACGAGGAGAACGAUGAGGAACCCAUAUACCUCGCUCAUUGCACCAAGUCCCUCAUUCCAACAGGUUCAUCCUGCCUCUCCUACCUUUCCUUCCUCUCAAUCUCUCCUUCCCUUCUGUCCCGUUCUUCCUCUUCCCACCCCUCUUUCUUCCCCUCAACAAAUGACGAUGAGGAGGACGAGUUCCCGUUCGUCCCCACCCUCAAUCAUAGCUUCGUUCUCCUUGGCACUCCUUGCCUUGUUCCCACCUCUCCUCCACAACCCUCUUCCUCCCAUCACUUCCUCUCUUCUCCGAAUCCCUUCUCUUCCUCCCCUCCAGGUGACGAGGAGAACGAGUUUGGGCUCAACCAGAGGGCGGGCGCUGCUGAUGUGGCGCUGGCAAUCAUUGCGCAGGCGCAUGCUUCCUGGCAGCUUCUCACCGAGGACAGCCCGCCGUGUCUCUCCCCCUGGAGCCCCAUCAACCUCGUGCUCUCCGCGCGCGCGUUCUUCGCGGCUCAUGGCGCAAAUACACUGAUCACCAAGUCCCCCCUCUCUCCCCUUCCCCCAACCAGCACCGUCCCCCGGUUUUCCGGGACUCUGGAUAUUGACGACGCCGCUGACGUGGAUCUGCGCAGCAGCAGCGGCGGGGAAGGGCGGGGAGGGGGAAGCGCUGGAGACGUUAAGCUGGCUGGUGCCAGCAUUCCUCGCCGCAUCACGUUAAGCUGGCUGGUGCCAGCAUUCCUCGCCGCAUCGCUGCUCACUGCCUUCCUCCUGCUGCUACUCAUCGUUAGCCUCUCUGCCUCCGCCAAGGCAAAUCUGCAGGCCAACAGCGUCAACAACGUCUUCUUCUGUGCCUUCCAUGUCAGUCAGCUGCCCUUCUUGCCAGUCAGCUGCCCUUCUUGCCAGUCAGCUGCCCUUCUUGCCAGUCAGCUGCCCUUCUUGCCAGUCAGCUGCCCUUCUUGCCAGUCAGCUGCCCUUCUUGCCAGUCAGCUGCCCUUCUUGCCAGCUAUGUCGACGUUUUCCAACACAGGGGCGGCACUGCUGAACGAUAACCUAAUGGGGUUCGUGAGGGCGCCAGCUCUGGUCAUCGUCACGUCGGUCUUCAUUCUCAUUGGCAAUACCAUCAUGUACCCGCCCACGCUGCGAGCCCUCCUGCUUCUGCUCCGGCACUUCUCACGAGGAGAGAAAAGGUUCGUCUACUCCUACCUUCUCGUGCACCCACGCAAGUGCUACACGCACCUCUUCCCACCGCGCUCCACCGUGAUGCUCGUGCUAACAGUGCUCGCGUUCAAUCUCACGGAGUUUGUCUUCUUCUGUGCCACUGACUGGACCUCGCCUGCCAUUGACGGCUUCACCAGUGAGUUGCAUGUGGACUGCGGGCGGGACCAAGGCAAGUUCUGUUCCAAGUCCCUGCGAAUGAGUGAGAACUUGUGGGAUGGGGAGGGGUGUGGGGGAUGGGGAGGGGUGUGGGGGAUGGGGAGGGGUGUAGGGGACGAGGCAGACGUCAAGGGAGCAGAGGGAGGUUCAAGGGAGCAGAGAGAGGUGUAUGACGACGAGGACAUUGGGGUGUUCUGGCAAGAUCUGCAGGGGGGGGUGUUGGACCACGGGGUGUUCACCCAGGGCAGAGGGCUGCUCCUGCGCGAUUCAGCGAUGCUCUUCAUGGCUCUGCUGGUGAUCUGCCUCAUAGAGAGCGCCAACAUCACCAACGACAUCUCCAACUUCAACAUCUUUAACAUCGCCUUUGAGCUCAUCAGUGGAUACGGCAAUGUGGGUCUCUCCCUGGGCUACACCUGUCCACCUGAAGCUGGCCCCAGCUGUGUCUCCCCUCCUUACAGCUUCUCUGGCGUGUGGGGCCCUUGGUCGAAGCUGGUGCUCGUGCUCAUGAUGCGGCUCGGAGUUUUUCUCUUAGAUGACUCGGAACAAAGUCAUGUUUCUCUCUCCUUUCCACGUACCCCUUUUGCUCCCCACAGGCGUGUGGAGCCCUUGGUCCAAGCUGGUGCUCGUGCUCGUGAUGCUGCUGGGUGUGUGUGGAGCCCUUGGUCCAAGCUGGUUCUCGUGCUGGUAAUGCUGCUGGGCCGCCACAGAGGCCUGCCUGACAACAUCGACGCUGCCAUCUCCCUCCCCAACCGCAACCAGUUCAUUCCUGAACCACCUGCACUGCCUGCCCCACCUUCUGCAUCUGCUGUAUCUGCCGUCCCUGUUGUCGCACCUUGCAUGCGUUCCACGUGUGCACCAAGGUGA